AUGUAUUCUCUUGCUUUUUUUCAAGAAACUCAAAAUAUUGAUACCGUUUUAUCAAAAAAUGUGCGACAAAAAAAAAAAAAUAGUGAAGUUAAAUGGGGAGGUAAAUGGGUUAGUGCAAGGAUAUUAUUAAAAAAUGACAACAAGAUGUUCCUUGAUGCAAUAGAAGUUGAUAUAAAUGGCAUUAUUAUCAAAUUGCCAGAUAUUAAUAUCAACCCAGAUAAAGAAACUAAAUAUUUAAAAAAAAAAGUAAUUCAUCACAAUAUCGAUGAAGAAAUAGCAGAUUUACCAAAUAUUACUGAAGAAGCAACGCAAGGCUUGAAAGAAGAUAUACUUGUAAGCAUUGAUGAAAAUAAUAAAAGCUUUAAAAAACGUCAACUUCCGUCACCAAUAGCAACUACUAAUAAACGACACCAACAGAAUUUUCACAAUAUUUCUACGGAUGAUGAUGAUUAUUUAUCUAACACAUAUGAAAGCGUUUUACAGACAAACAAGAACAUAAAAACAUAUGAAGUAAAUUCAGAAGACAAUUAUUCAUCAGACGAACAUGAACAGAGACAGAAAAAGCCUGAAAAAAAUAAAAAAUAUGUAAAAAAAAAUAUUAAAUCUAUUCAGACCAUCAUCGAUACUUCAACUGAUGAUGACUCAGAUCAACACGAAAACAUUUGGGAUUAUAAAAUAUUUGAAGGCUCUGAGUACAAGUCUUGGCUUACAAUACCAAUCUAA